UUCAAGGAAAAAACACACACAACCUCCUUCCUCCCUUCCUUCAGGGAGGGAAGAGAGUUUGAGCGGAGAGAAAAAUCUAUCCGAGACAGAACAGGGACAGUGAGAAAAAUAUAUGAGUGGGAGAGGGAGAAGGAGGAGGAGGAGAAGGAGGGGGGAGCAAAUUAAAAGUUGCCAAAUGGAGAUAUUGGGUUUCAAGAGGAGUGAGACAGGAGUAAAGGGUUUGCCUCUUUGAGUCGUCUUUAUGUUGUGCUAAUCGGGAUAAAUAUGUAUGGCGCGGCACGGCUUUAGUCCUCCGGCAUUUUCGACGAAUUCCACCCGACAUUUGCAAAACAAGGCGUCGUCGACACCGCGGCUAGCUAACCAGAACAGGCCGGGGUUUAUCGUUAAAAUGUCGCGGAGCGUCCUGCCCGGAGAGCUACCCGACCAGAACACGGGCUGCCGCAGAAUCCCCCCGGUUGAAACGCGUCGGUUCGGGUAUAUGGAGACAAAUGUGACGUUUUUCAUGCUGGCAGAUGAGCCACAUAGAGGACAAAUGAAAGCCUCCCCAACAGAGAAAGAAAGAUCACGUCAGCGACGACCAGCCACAGGCAGGCUGGAGCUGGACGACGGGCGUUUUGUGCUGCUUGAAUGCGAUUAUCAUUCUGUCGAUUCAGUCUAUUUUUGGAAAUAAAACUUGCAAGCUGUACAUUAGCUGGCUUACUAAACCAACCGGCGGUAGCACACACGGCACCAGUAGCAGGACGACAGCGGGGACUAGCUUGGUCUGCGUGGAAGCACGUAUGCUAGGGCGGACUGCGGAGACUACGAAAUAGCUUUAAAAUACACAAAAAUGGCCAAACUCCUCGGAUAAGAUGGUUUUAAUCCGACGGCCGUGGUUAAAGCUGACAACAGAGCCGCAAACUUAGUUGCUUUGAGCUACUUUAAACGGCCAUUUUUAACAGCAAAGGCACUUUAGCUCUGUUGUCUUUUUUUUUUUUUUUUUCAAAUGUAGCUAACGUUUUAAAUUGACAGUUAAAUUUUGAACGUUGGUAACGCGUUCGAACUAACGAUUGCUUUCGUUGGUGUCGUUCGACUAUUAAAUAAUUUACUGUUUUGUGUUUUAUUCGACACAUAAACAGCAUUUUAAGCUUUUUAUUGUGAAAUAAAACGUUCCUAAGUUAAUAGUUUGGUUUCCAUUUUUUUGUUCGUAAUGGCCUACGCUGCUUCCUUACAUUUUUUACAGCAUUGUGUCCACUUCUAAAUGACAAAGGAGCCUCACUGCCUGUGUUAGCAUUCCCCCUCAUGACGAGAAAAUGUCGUCGUUUUUAUUAUAGAUGUUAAAUAAAAGACAAUACUCUGUAACAUGCUUAACUCAAUCAGGUUUCUUGGUGUUUAAAAGUCACGUCACAGUCAGUUUACAGAGCCUGUUUUGUACGGCAGCCCUGUCGUUCUUUGUUCUCCCUGCACUAAAGAUGGAGGCUGAACGUGGCUCUGUUGUGAAGACAGCCUAUGGCAUGCCCACGAAGCCAAGGGUGUUAAAUGACUGAAUUCAUGCUUCCUGCUGGAAAAUCUGUGUCAUGGAUGAUGAGGACGAUCGCCAUCUUCUGGAUAUUUUAGGAGAUGUGGAUGCAUUGAAUGACUAUCUCCAUGGUAGCAACAGCAAGUCUAUUGAGGAGGAUGAUGUAAACAAUGCAGCUUAUGGGUCGGAUGGAUCCUUCUUUUCUAGUGACACCGCUGGCUCCAACGCUGGCCUCAAGGAUGGCUCCUCUACAAUGGGUGAAUUCGGCGAGGAUUCAGCAGGGGCAGGCCUCCAGCUCUCCAGCAGCCUUUCAUUUAUCGAGGAUGAAUUGGGGUCUGGGAACUCCCCUGGAGGGGUGGAUCUUGGGGGAGAGGACCAGCCCUUUGACAUCCUCCAGAAGUCUCUCAUGGAGGCUGACAUCACGGAACAGACGCUGGCCCAGGAGGCCUUACUAGACUCCCAGCCUGCUCCCACUCUGGUGCAGGCUCCUGUUCCCUUCCCCUCCCAGCUGGUUUCUGGGGGUUAUGGCGGAGGAGUGGGUGUGGUGACCACGGCGACAGCUGCUUUCCCCACAGGCCAGUUCCUGCAAGGGGUGUCCCAGCUGCCCAAUGGUUCUGCCCAGCACAUACAGGUGUUGGGCUCGUUUGGGGCCGGUGGUGGCGUGAUGACUCUGAGCAGCUUGGAGAGAACUCCUCAGCUUGUGCUGAGGGCGGGGGCGCCUGUAACUGCAGCGGGGACAGCAGCAGGGGGGCAGGUGUUUGCCCCUACCCAAGGCCAAGUUGGUUUGCCUUUCAAAAACAUCCCCCUUCAAAACAUCAUCAUCCAGAGAGGCCCGGGAGGGACCCAGACUCUUGUCAGACCCAUUCAGCCUAAACCUCUUCAAGCUGGGGCUCAGACUGUCUACAGCCUUGGUCUUCAGCCCACUCCCACCACCCUUGCAAAUGUAGUUAACGCUAACACGGCUUCUCCUGGGGGACAGUACACAGCCAAUGGCUCCAUUGUAGUGCAGCCGCCCCUGGAGCAGCAACAAGCACAGGCCCAGACAAAUAUACCACCUGGGCAGUACUUGCUGCCCAGCUCUUUGGCACUCACUCCGGCCAGCUCCAUCCACAACGGCCCCGCCGACCCCAACUCAAACACCCUCAUUACCAGUCAGAAUGCGGUGCAGAUUGUUGCAGGGCAGAACUUCACCGCACAACCAGGAGGCCAGCUAAUAUUGAAUCAGGGAGUAGUCAACAGGAGUCAGGUGGGAGGGGGUGUAACUCAAACAUGGACCGGAGUUUCAUGUGCGAACCCCGCCCCCGUACAGACAUCAUGCGCUCCGGGGCGGCUGACUCUGGUUGGCCCAGCGACGGCGGGGAUCGGUGGUCAAGGCCAAGUGUCGGCUAGCCCUGUUCAGCGCCUUCUAGUGACUCAAACUCAGAAUUGCACUUCUCUGUCCCCUUUAGCUGGUACUGUGACGCAGGAACAAGACUACAGACAGAAUUCUUCAUCACCUGCCCUCAAACAGGUGCAGCUCAGCAGCAUCCAUGCCAUGACAACCAUGACUCAAGAUUCAAAGCUGAACUCACAGGUCAGUGCUCAGAAGAGACCGGCCCUUCCGCCACUUACAAGAGGAGAAAUGAUUUUACAACAGCUGAGGAAGGAUCACGCUGGAGUUCAGACCCCGGAUCAGCGUCGAUUCAAUUCAAUCAAUGAUGCACUGCAAAGACUCCUCCCUUACCACGUGUUCCAGGGGGCUCCACCCAGCCAGGAGGAGUUCUCACAGGUGGAUGAAGAAUUUGAGGUAGUUGCAGCCCAAGUGCUGAUGAGGACCCACGCCAUGGUCAACAAAUACAGACGGCUACUAAUGGUGGAAGCUGAGCGUUCCAGUCCGUCGUCAGAAAUGGUGAUGAUCGACAGGACCUUCAACCAAGAGGAGCGCAGCAAUCUGACACAAGACAAACGCAUGGUACUUGUGGAUCCAGACACCUUCAUGGAGGACUUCUGUUGUGGGAUGAAAUCUAAACUUUUCCAAGAACCCCUCCCCUCUCAGUCGUCGUCCAGCUGUAGCUGGAAUCAUUCAUCUGACAGAGGCUCUACAGAGCCGCCAUACAGGACAGACUCUCAGCCCGGGUACGGAGACCCGGGAGGAGGUGGAGCUGCAGUACCAGUUGCGGCAGAUAGACUCCACCCUCCACUCUUAGAAAACAAGAGUGUCCUGGAACUCAAGAGAUCCCAGCAACACUAUGGGCCCAGCAGCGCCAGCAACAACAGCCUCACCGCUGCCAACAGUUAUCCCCAAGGUAACCCCUCAGCUUUCGCAGCAUCGACAAGAGGACAGACGCAGUACCAGGUGUCUCACCACCUGUCCUCCCCCCCGAUCCAGCCCCAACAGCCCCCGCAGCUUGCCUCACCCCCUCACCCCGACACAGACUCUGCUCUGGAGGCGGCAGUCAACAGCAUCUUGGAAUGUUAAGACUGAUAUCAUCCCUAAUGUAUGGUUUCAACUUCUUUUUUUUUGUUGUAAAACUCUCCUGUUGUAAUAUUUGUCGCAUUCCCCCACAACCCAGUGUGAAGAGAGGCUAACUCUUCUUUCAGGUCUGUUAUCUUUGUGAAACCAUCUCCGGCCAUGUAGCAUGUAUUUAGUUUGUUUUGUUUUAGUUUUUUUUUUUGGGGGGGGGGGGGUUGAGGCACUUAAACUUACCUAUAAAGAUCCGGGAAUGUGUGCAAUGCAGCGGACUCACAGAUGGAAAAUGUUCUUUUCAAUUUAAAGUUAUUUUAAGGGGUAGGGUCCGCAAUUUCAGUAGCUCGAAUAUAAGAGUGUCCCUCUCUUCACACACAGGAAUUAUUAAAGGGAUAGUUUGGAUCUUUUGAAGUGGGAUUGGAUGACAUCCUUAUUCAUAGUCAGUGUAGCACAAACAGUAGAUGUUGGUGGGCACGCCCCCAGUUUAGAGAAGCAGGCUGGAGUCUGACAUGGAAACUAAGCAAUGUACUUCUGUGGAUGGGAGCAGAAGCAAAACGUACUUUAGUACGUACAUUUAAAUUCUGGAAGUAUUUUUUAGAUGGCUAAAAUACAUUAUGCUGCUGCCCUCGUCCAAAGUACUUUGCUUAGCUUCUGUCGAUACUCCAGGCUGCUUCUCCAAACUGGGUGCGUGUAAUACACUGACUGUGCAUUAGUGCCUCAUACAACCCGACCUCAGAAAAUCCAAACUGUCCUUUAAUAUUUAGUGCCAGUUAAUUUCCCCCACUACCUAUGCUGAAGAACAGGGAGGAGAGACAAAACGACGACUCUGUGCCUAAUUCUAGGUUUUUAUUUUGAAGUGUUUACAUGAAGGAGCUCUAUUCAAAAAUAUCCACUGACUUAAAUUACAAACAUGCACAGUGUGCACACACACACACGCUUUAGUACAACGUGUUAAGUAGAUUCCAAGGCGUAGAGACACAUUCACAUAGACGAAUUGCACUAAACGUACUGUCGCUCAUUUCAGGAACUAUCCGAACACGUGGCUCUUGUUGACAUGCAGUGUACGCUAGGCUAAACCGAAUGUGAAUAUUUGGAACAGAACUAAAAUCUAUUCGCCUGCUUUCAGCUGCCUGCAACAAGGAUAACCUCUUACUCACACUAGAAACCAGUCAGACUAGUCACACAGACAUACAGUAGUGUUACCGUACUCUGCAAUGCUUUUUUUUUCUUGUGCUCAAGUCACAUUUCCUUUGGCGUUUUUUCUUUUGUACCUUAAAGGUAUGCAAGCCCCGACACACACAGACACAGGACGAAUACUCAACCACUUCUAUCAUUUCACAGUGUGUUUGUGUCAAGGGGAGCUUAGUCCUCAGAUUGAGGAAGAUAUGUUACAGUAUGAUCCUUUUUUUAAUUUAGAUUUUUAUUUCCUCAUUUAUUUUUUAGAAAUGACAUUAAAAAAGACGACUGUUUUUGUUUGUUGUAACGUGUUCCCCAGCUCUGUGAAGAU